GUGAACACCGACAUGCUCAACCAGAGCUCCUCCACAGAAGAGGAGGUGGCUUGGUGCCGGCAGCAGCGCAGUCCAGAGGACUUCGCGGCCGCGGUGGGGCCGUUCAUACUUUCGCUGGGCCUGGAAGAUACUGGCAGGAACCUUGUGGCGCCGGGAUGUCCCGAAAGCUACUACCAGACCGGUGUGGCCUACAAGGACCGACCCGCUUGGGCCAACGGCUUCGGACCCUUCUGCCCAGCUCGGGAGGAUGAACCGCCUGGGAAGAAGCCCCGGACGUCUGAGGGGCGUCCCAGGAAGUAUUUCAUCUCCGGAGUGAUGCUCGCGAGCAAGAAGAAGCUCAAGGAAGAUGAGGGCCUGGUCCCACAGAACUACCGCCAGCAGAUCGCCGAUGCCUUGAGAAAGGCCGAUCCAGCGGCGGUCGUCGUGGAUCCCCUGGAGGCGGUGAAAGCGAGAGCCGCGAGGAGCGGAGUUACCAUCGUGGACUGGAACAAGGACGACGCCGCUGUGAAGAGCGCGUUCAACGACGUCGUCGACAUGGUGCGAGAGUGUGAUGUCAUCGUCAGCAACCUCCCCGAGGCGUCCAUGGGCAGCGCUGUGGAACUGUGGGAGGCCCGCCGUGCUGGGCUGAAGAUCUUCACGAUCUCGCCGAUGGCGGACAACUGGAUGCUUCGGUCGGUGACG